AUGCAAAUAUUAAAGAUCCCAUGGCUAGGACAUAAGACUGAAAACAAAAACAUUGAAUGUUAUUCAGUCACGGUCAACAAUGAUGGAACAAGAUUAGCAUCAGGGGGAUUAGAUGGGAAUAUAAAGAUAUGGGACACAAAUACCAUCAAUCAAUUCUUCCAACUAUCAACAUUGGAACAUACAACCACCAAACCAAAAUCCAAAAAAUCACCACCUGCCCCGUCAUCAACCACAACCAACUCAACAACCACAACAAUCGAAACCUGUGAUCUACCAGAUAAAUCGCUUCGUCGACCCCUCUGUUCCAUGUCCAGACAUAAUGGUGUCGUCACCUCCCUAAAAUUCUCCCCUGAUGGCCGUUUUCUCGCCUCUGGAUCCGACGACAAGAUCUGUCUUAUUUGGGAAAAGGACCCCGAUGCCAUCAAUCGAAAACAAUUCGGGGUUGAAGAACAAGAUAUGGAACACUGGACAGUUCGAAGACGAUUAGUAGCACAUGAUAAUGACAUCCAAGACAUUUGUUGGUCUCCGGAUUCAAAUCUCCUAAUCACGGUUGGAUUAGAUCGGUCAAUAAUAAUAUGGAAUGGUAUCACAUUUGAAAGAAUUAAACGAUAUGAUAUUCAUCAAAGUAUGGUUAAGGGGAUCGUAUUCGAUCCUGCUAAUAAAUUCUUCGCCACCGCGAGUGAUGAUCGUACAGUUAGGAUAUUUCGUUAUUAUAAGAAAUUAAAUGAAUAUAAUAAUUAUGAAUUUCAAAUGGAACAUAUCGUAAUGGAUCCAUUCAAGAAAUCACCCUUGACUUCAUAUUUUAGAAGAAUGAGUUGGUCCCCUGAUGGACAACAUAUCGCCGUUCCUAAUGCUACUAAUGGACCCGUCCCUUCGGUGGCGAUAAUCAAUCGAGGAAAUUGGGAUACGGAUAUUUCGUUGAUUGGACACGAAGCUCCAGUGGAAGUAUGUUCAUUCUCACCCCGAUUAUUCCAAGGUGGUAGUGGUGGUAGUGGGACCUCAGGGGAGUUCCAUACUGUUGUGGCCACGGGUGGUCAAGAUCGGACAUUGGCGAUUUGGUCUACUUCGAAUGCGAGACCGAUUGUGGUAUUACAAGAUAUUGUUGAUAAUUCAAUCACUGAUAUAGUAUGGGCACCUGAGGGGGAAUUAUUGUAUUUUAGUUGUUUGGAUGGAUCAAUUACGUGUAUAAAAUUUGAUAAGGGGGAAUUAGGGGAUGUUGUGAGUGCAGAUAUGAUUGAUGCUCAAUUGACUAGAUAUGGUGCUGAUAGGGAGACUUUGAUUCUACCGGAAAGUGUUGAACAAUUAUAUCUUGAAGAGAUUGGGAAUGAUAAUAAUAAUAUACCGAGAUUGGAAAAGACUAAGAAGUUGACCAAGAGUGUGACACCUACCCCAACUACAACAAGUGUUGUCGCCUCACCAGCUGUCAAGUCGAAAUCUCCAUUGACUACCAGCAAAGUGGCAGACGGAGAUUCAACCACUACGCAAUUACGAAAACAAAACAUCACAAUUACCAAAAGUGGGAAGAAACGAGUUGCACCAUUAUUAGUCUCCUCAUCAACCAAUAAAUCCACCAAUAUAAGUCAGCCACAACAACCUUCGAUCAAAAAGAGAAAACUCGCCCAGGGUAGUAAUCUCAGCUCCAAAUUAUCCCAAUCAACCUAUUUCCUUCCUCGACUAGGUCUAGCCACCUCCAUCCACGGUCUCAAACAAAAAGAAUCCACCCAUGCCGCGAUCUCCAAUGAUGAAGAACAAGAUAAUGAUAACGAAGACAUGGGAGGCGAUCACCACACCACCACAACCUCAGGUACUUCAGCCUCAGGCACAACCAAUAACAAUUCAAACAGUGGCACAAUAUCAGAACAAGCUCUCAAAAGACAAAAAAAUCGUCAGAGACGAAAAAUCAUGGAAUUGAAAUAUCCAUAUAGUUUCAAACAUGUGACCACACUUCCUGAAUCUUUAUUUAGUAAUCUUGCGAUAUUGAAUCAUGAUGUGAAUAGGUUGUAUCGGGCCUAUAGCAGUCAAGAUAAGGAGGUUGUAUCUUCUGAGAUUUCUUCGGGGAGUGCGUUGGAUAUUGAUGAGGAGUUGAUGUUUAGUGUGGUGUUCACUCUGGUUGAAUCGAAAUGGAAACAAAUGGGAACUGAUCAAGUGGAUGAUGGUGGUGAGAUUAAGGUAUCGAUUGAAGUGAGGAAUGGAAAACCAUGGCCGAGAUAUGAUGAUGAAAUUAUCACGAAUGAUAAAAUCGACUUUGACGACCCAACAAGAGUUAUCGUAUAUGAUAAUCAAUCUGAUGAAAGACGAUUCACGUUAUUCUUCCCCUAUAGAAUCCAACAUAUCCUCCCAGUAAUCAUCGACAAUAUUCUAGAAUAUUUUGUGUUAUUUUCAUUCCAGGGUACGAUUCAAAUCAUAUCGGCACAUACUGGAUCCUAUACUUGUCCUAGUUUUGAAAUCGGGGAGAAUAUAAUCAUGACGAGAUGUAGUGGUGGAUAUGUUAUGAUCUUGACUAGUUCGGGGUUGUUUUAUACUUGGAAAUUAUCCCCCGGUAAACCUGUUACGAAUCCAAUUCGGGCAGUUUCGAUUGCGACAGUGUUGAAUAAUGUUGAGGUUGUUGUACACCUGGGAGACGAUUCUAGGAGAAGUACUACGACUAGUUUGAUUAUGCCGAAUGUGAAAGCCGUGGAUGUGGAUCCAAGAGAUGGAAGUCCAUUGGUUAUGACGGAUGUAAGUGCUGAUGUCUAUGGAUAUUCUCGGGAUUUGGAAUGUUGGAUUAAGAUUGUUGAUAGUUGGUAUUUCUCAGUUGAACCAGGGAUGAAACUUGCCCAAGAUGAAGACGAGUAUUCGCGUGUUAUUAAUCGAUUGAUAAAUAGAGCUAGGAUAAGGUAUGAUGAAGAAGUAAGAUUAAAACGGGUUUAUGCUUAUGAAUUUGAACAAGAUGAUAAUGUAUUAAAGCAAGUAAUGACUGAAAGAAGUAAAGAACUUAUAGAGAUGAUAUAA